AUGGACAGUGCGCUCUACCACUCAGCGGGAAUUUUCGGCUCCCCCUCGGCUUCUGAAAACUUGACUGCAGGCGGAAAGAUGAUCACCCCCACCAAGCCUCUCGCUUUUUCGAUCGAACGGAUUAUGGCCAGGACGCCCGAGCCAAAGUCGAUACCUUUUCCCAACCUAUUCCAUCACACUCCGGUGGGUAGGCCUGAAGCAGACCCGAAGCAAGCUCUCAACAUGACUUCAUCAUCACUACAUUGCAUGAUACCAUUCGUGCCACUGGCAUACGAACCGGGUCAUAAACGAAAUAUUAAUGGAUUGGAUACGAGUCAAUUUGAGGCUUCAUCAUAUAAUUCAAAUGAGUUGGUGGGCAUUGGCUUGAACUAUAAGAACGAGCAACCAGAUGUGAGCCCGUCGGUGGGACAAUACAAACUCUUUCGACCGCGGGUGGUGAACCAGUCGUCUUUUCAUGCCAUGGGGGCCGUCUGCUACCUGAACUGCGGGGAGAGUGCGUGCCCACCCCCGGCCAGCAUCGUAAACAUCCACCCCAUGGCCUCCUACUUUCUCAACACGCCGCUGCAACAUGCACGCCAGAGAGCUUUUCUCGCGGAGAAAAAUAAAGUGUCUCACUGCACAGACAGAUACCCAUCCGGAGUUGCAUUUAAAGACAUUUCCCAAACUCAACUCCAUCACUACAUGAAAGAGAGUGCACAGAUUCUAUCCGACAAACUAUUCAAGGGCUCUUCCAAAUUGAACAGUGCUUGCGCAAGCGGCAAACCAAAAGUAUUCACCUGCGAGGUUUGCGGAAAGGUGUUCAAUGCCCACUACAAUUUAACGCGCCACAUGCCCGUGCACACCGGAGCGAGACCAUUCGUCUGCAAAGUAUGCGGCAAGGGAUUUCGACAAGCAAGCACCCUUUGUCGCCACAAAAUUAUUCAUACUCAGGAAAAGCCUCAUAAAUGCAACCAGUGUGGAAAAGCGUUCAACCGGAGUUCAACUCUUAACACACACACACGAAUCCAUGCAGGUUACAAACCCUUCAUCUGUGAGUUCUGCGGUAAAGGAUUUCAUCAAAAAGGUAACUACAAGAACCACAAAUUGACGCAUAGCGGCGAGAAACAGUUCAAGUGUAACAUCUGCAACAAGGCCUUCCACCAAGUGUACAACCUGACGUUCCACAUGCACACGCACAAUGACAAGAAGCCCUUCACGUGCCCGACUUGCGGCAAGGGAUUCUGCCGGAACUUUGACCUGAAAAAGCACAUCCGAAAACUACAUGAUCUCUCUGGCUCCAAAUCCCCUGCCACUCUCGUCACAAGCGAAACACACUAA